CUGCCCACAAAGUUUCCGUCAUGAGGGUUAGGUUGACUACAAAAGGUGGUAGAGGGAGCAGUGCCAGACAUAGUAUUCAGAUUUUACUGCACAAUGAACAUGAUCCACGCAUUCUGCAUUUUAGUUUUCCUCCUGCAGCUCUCCUUCACAGGGGCUUCUGAGAGUGGCAUAGUUGAGGGGAAUGUUUCAAAGCCUCAUUCCCGACCCUACAUGGCAUCACUCCAGAUUCAGGGAAAACACACAUGUGGCGGGAUCCUUAUUCGUGAGGACUUUAUUCUGACUGUAGCACACUGUGAAAAUAAGCAGACCAUAACGGCAGUACUUGGAGCACACAACAUCAAAAAGAAAGAGGGAAGUCAGCAACGGAUAGAAGUGGCUAAGCUUCAUAUACAUCCAAAAUACAAAAAGGAAGGAUACCGUUAUGAUAUCUUGUUACUCCAGUUAAAAAACAAUGUCACGCUGAAUAAGUUUGUCAAGACCAUCGAACUGCCAAACAGUGAUGAAAACCUCCCCGCAAGAGUUAAAUGUGAGGUUGCUGGCUGGGGCCGAACUGGACAGAAAAAGCCUUCCUCAGAUGUCCUGAGAGAGGCUACGGAGAGCAUACAAUUCAACCAAGAGUGCAAAUACAUAUGGAAAGAUUCCUUUACUUCUAGUGAAAUGAUAUGCACCAAAUUUGACAAAAAGAAUGGAGGGGUUUGUCAGGGGGAUUCCGGUGGACCACUUAUCUGCAAAGGCAAGCCUCAAGGUCUUACGGCUUUUGUCUCUUUAUGUGAUUGUAAUGAUCCAAAGUAUCCCCAUGUCUUCACUAAAAUUAUAUCUUUUCUCCCCUGGAUUAAGGAAGUGAUGAAGAAAUAAAUGUAUUUAGCAUGAGCCACAAUUCAGAGGUAAAUUGCAUGGCUUAGUAAAACAACACAUUUGAGAAAGUCUUAUCUUGUUUUAAACAAAUAACAAACUUAAUGGGCAAAUAAUAUGUCAUGUGUUAAGGCAUUUUUAAAAAAUUCUUAGCUAAAAAUCUGUGACCAUGUUCAGAAAUAUUUAAUUUGUUUAUCUUUUUUUGUGUAGUUGAAAAAAAAAAAAAAACAGGUACUGAUAUUCAUGAAGCUAGAAUAUUUCAAUGUUUAGCGUGUGAAAACAAUUGUACAACAAAAAAAAGAAAUAAAACAUGUGUUGAUUUAA